AUGGAAAGCUCAGAAACAGAGUCGAUUGCAUCGGAUAAACACAACCAUCACAACACCACGCAGUCGCCAACGCAAACGCACACGCAUCCAAACCCAGACGAUGGCAUCUCGCUCGAUGCGCUCUUUGCGGACUUGCAACGAGAACUAGAUACUCAAGCUAGCAGCGCCGACCAAGGGUCGCUUCCUUCUCGUGUUGAAAGCGAAGACUACAAGUCGAUCCAGCGAUCGCUCAAUAACCUCCCGAAGCUCACCUCGCUGCUUGAACCAAACACUAAGAGUGGUAAACCCACCAACAAGCCGAUCCGGAUCCAUGACCCCGUGGCGAGCAACGCCUUGAAAGCCGCGAAAUCGAAAGACGCAACGGAUGCCCGCUGGUUCCACAUGGCGCAACCCGAAAUCACCCCGCAGAUCAAACGCGACUUGGACGUGAUUCGACAGAGGCAAGCGUUGGACCCCAAGAGACACUACAAGCGUGAAAAGUGGAGCGUGCCUAAAUUUUUCUCGAUGGGGACCAUUGUGGAGGGCAACACGGGCUAUUAUAAUCAGUUGAAGCGGAGGGAGCGGGGCACGAGCUUGGUGCUGGAGAUUUUGGCUGAUGAUGGCACGAAGAAGUAUUUUAAGCGGAAAUAUGGCGAGAUUCAGGCGAGUCGGACUAGUGGGAAACGGGCACAUUAUAAAAAGGUGAAGCUGGAGCGAAAGAGGUUUUGA